AUGGUCAGCAUUAAGUUGAGCUCGCACUAUCGAGUGAUUAUCGAGACUUGCCGAGUUGAACCCGACGACCCACGAUCCACCGUCUUUGAUCAACGAUCAACGGUCACCGGUGACGUGAUCAAUGAACGGGGAUCUCCUAUCCAUCGCGGGGCAAUGAAUCGUUUCCCAUUGCGAAUCGGAAUGUCGGCAAGUUGGCUAUGGAAGAUGGCUGAUUGGUGGUGGGAGACCGUGGAGGGCGUGGACGAAGCAGGAAGCGGGUGUCGGCAUCGACAACCUCGUGACGAUGCUGUCGAGCGUGAAUCUCAUGGUCUAAGCACCGUGCUGGACGCCCUGUCAACCCAAUUAGCAUUAGCACAGAAUACUAAUUCUUGGCUUUGGGAAUAUGAAGCAAACGAGAUAUUUACAUUUGUGGAUAUAGAGAGGCAAGACCCGCGAUAA